CUGUCGUAAAGGCGCGGACCGGAACGGUCGUGGUGUUGCUUUGCGGCCGUAUGCCGUGGGUGCUCUGAUUGGCUCUGCUGUGAGCGCGCCGUGCUCUGAUUGGCUUCGCCAGGGCAGCGCCGCGCUCUGAUUGGCCCCGCGAGGGGCCGGGGGCGGUUUGAGCGGCAGCGACCGGCGCGGCGGUGGCUCCGGCACGAUGCUGCCCCUGUCCCUGUUGAAGACGGCGCAGAACCACCCCAUGCUGGUGGAGCUGAAGAACGGGGAGACGUACAACGGGCACCUGGUGAGCUGCGACAACUGGAUGAACAUCAACCUGCGGGAGGUCAUCUGCACGUCCCGGGAUGGAGACAAGUUCUGGAGGAUGCCAGAGUGCUACAUUCGUGGCAGCACCAUUAAAUACCUGCGGAUCCCCGAUGAGAUCAUUGACAUGGUGAAAGAGGAGGUGGUGUCCAAGGGCAGAGGCCGUGGUGGGAUGCAACAGCAGAAGCAACAGAAGGGCCGUGGCGUUGGAGGUGCUGGACGAGGUGUCUUUGGUGGCCGUGGCCGAGGGAUCCCAGGCACCGGAAGAGGCCAGCAGGAGAAAAAGCCAGGCAGACAAGCAGCAAAGCAGUGAGCUUGGCCGGGGCUGGGGCUGGGGCUGCGAUGCCCAUGGGGUUUCCACCUCAGGAUUGCCAUGUGUUCAAAAGUGUCCCCUUCCUCCUCUUCCACCCAUCGAGCCAGGCCCAAAUCAUGUCCUUUGGAAGCCCCUCUCGCAAUUUCAUGUGGUAAAAAGUGGAGUUAUUUGCUCCUUGUAGUAGGCAAAUCAUUGGAUUUACUUAAACUGCCCCAUCCCUGCUUCAGGAGCUUUGGUUCUGCUGCUCCUAGGAGUGAAAAUACUUUAGUUUUCCAGGCUCCCCAGUUUCAUUGGAAGGAUGAUCCUGUUCCAUGGUACCAGAUCAAAGGCAAACAAACGCCUUCUGGAUGGUCUGGAAUCUUUCUUUUUAUACUUGAGACUCGUUGCAUUUGUACCAGAUGGGAGUGCUUUGGGUUGAAAACACCCAACUCCAGGACCUUGUAUCUUUCUGUGAGUAGUCUUAAGGGUUUGGGGUGGUUUAGAAACAGCCAACCUGGAAGCUCUUGAUUGCUUCUCUUCCUGGCCAGUCCCUUCUGUCUCCCUCCUAUGGCUUAAGGCAGGAUUCGGGACAAACGUUCCUUUGGCCUUCAGGGGUUGUUCCCAAGAGAACUUGGUGAUAAACGAGCAUCUCCCAGUGA